AUGGAGCCCGCCAUCCUGGGCCGGGAGCUGCUCAAUGAGCCCCGGCGCGAGGCCUCCAGGGAGGGACCUGGGAACAUCGUAUUGCGGGUGCGUGUGAGGAAUUGCACUAAAAUGGGUGUGGUGUAUAUGGGUCUGAAGGUUGUAGAGGUGUUCGGGUUUUCCUUCGGUUUUAGCUGUACGUAUGUAUGUAAUGACCCGUACAAACAGAAGUGGGUGAGCUCCACGGCGGACUUCGUUCGGGAGCUAGACCGUAACCACAUGAUUACGGUGGGGUUGGAGGGCUUCUUCGAAGCCAGCAACAUUGCUACACCUGCUGUGCUACGAUCGCAGCCAUAUCAUUCCCUCACAUCAUCAGGCUCUGUCGCUAUUUCACGCGGCAACACGACAGCUGCUGCAGCCGCUGCAGCAGCACUGGGCACUGUGAAAAAUCCUAGCACUGUGCCUGCCGGGGAAGUUGUUACGAUCAAGGCCACCAAUGCUGUGCUGGAUAGGCCCGUGUUGUCGCUGCUGCUGCUGGCAGUGUGCUCCCAAGACCCGGCGACUUACCAGCAGAACUUAAAUAGGCGUCUUGCAACAGAUGCUGACCAGAUUGGACACGGGCCUCCGCACUGCAAAACAACCGGGCAACAUGUGCUGAACACGAUGAAAAGCAAAGACGCUCGCGGACGCCGAGAGGAUACUGGCAGUGCCACAAGAAGAGAGCUUUCCGUAGUCCGCGACAGAUAUUUUGCGACUGGUGUCACAGAUGCAUUUCCCAAGCAGAUCCCCCAACAGGUUACAUAG